AUGUUCAGUGGUGAAGACACUCAGUCAGAUAUGUGGUCAUAUGGUUUUAAUCGACAUAAGGAUGGAAGGAAAACUAUACAGUCUCUGGACAACACAAGAACUCGCAAUGCUGAUUACUUUAUGCAGGAAGCUAAACGGAUGAAGCAUAAAGCAGAUGCUAUGAUGGACAAAUUUGAUAAAGUUUUGAACUACACAGAAGCCGCUCUUUCUUUCAUUGAGUGUGGGAAUGCAAUGGAACAUGGGCCAAUGGAAUCUAAAUCUCCAUACACAAUGUACUCAGAGACUGUGGAGUUGAUACGGUAUGCUCUGAGAAUAAAAUCCCAUUCGGGUCAUAAUGGAUCUUCUCUGGAUAAGAAAAUUACAGCACUAUGUUAUCGUUGUCUGGCACUGCUGUACUGGAGAAUGUUCCGCCUCAAAAGAGAUCAUGCGGUGAAGUAUUCUAAAGCGCUUAUUAAUUAUUUUAAGAAUUCAUCUAAAACGUCUCGAAUAUCAUCACCAGGGAACGCCAAGGAAAAGACCACAAUUGCUUCAUUACCCAUAUCUCCCAGUCCUCUGGUGAACUCUGUCGUAAGCAACUCUACAAGUACUUCUAUUAUCAGCAUCCCUCAGCGUAUCCACCAGAUGGCAGCAAAUCAUGUCAGUAUUACUAACAGUAUACUGCACAGCUAUGAUUAUUGGGAAAUUGCUGAUAACCUCGCCAAAGACAACACAGAAUUCUUUAAGGAGCUGGAUGCAUUAAUAGGACCAAUCACACUGCACAGUUCAAUGGAGCAUUUGGUUCAAUACACUCGACAAGGACUUUCCUGGAUAAGACAGAGUUCACAUCAUGUAUUGUAGCAACUUCUGGCCAUUUGUUUUUAUUUCCACUGAACUGCUAAAAUUCCAGGCACUGAGCGCUAUUCUAUCACUGGCAGCACUUGUUCAAAUAUCCGUUAUCUUUCUUCAGCAUUGGUC